UUAUUUAAUUUUGAUAUUGUUUUAUUUUAAUUUUGAUUAUUUUUCGUAUAUAUUCAAUUAAUUUCAAUUAUAAAAAUUAAAAAAAAUAAAUAUUAAUGACUCAAAUUUGAAAGAUUAACGCUAAUUCAAAGUUAAAUCAUAUUUAAUAUAUAAAUCUAAGGAUAAUAUUUAAAUCUGAUAUCUAUGUAUGAUUGUAUGAUAUUGAAAGCUAAUGGUUAUAAUUUCUAAAACGAUGAUUUUUUAACGAUCGUUAUAAAAUAUUUUAAAUUAGCUUUAACGUAUUAUGUUAAAUAUUAAAAUAUAUUUUUAAUUGACAAUAAAUAAAAUAAUAGCCAAUGCAAUGAUUAGUAAGUGUGAUUGCUACAUACAUGAAAAUGCCUCUUAUAAAUUGGAGCAGCAAGUGCUUGAUGCCUUUUUUAACGCGAGCAUGUGAACGGAUCUCGAGACUCGACUUUUCGACUUGGAACAUCUCGUGAGAAUUAAUGUACGCAGUAGGGACAAUCGCAGAGGUGGAAUUUUAUUUUUAACGGUACGACCGUAUAUUUGUUUAUGCGAAGUUUCUGAUGAACGUGUGAUUUGUUCGUUAAUGGUUGUCGUUUUCACCGAUCAUUCGGUCGUGCCUGCCUCUGCCUGCUGCCGCGAAUGUGGAUACUUCACGGUGUGCCGUACUGCUGCUACCGCCGCUGUACGUUUGAAGUACUCUCCUCGGCUGAUUGCCUUCGGAUUUUAACAAAUCUUUCACAUUCGUGAAUGCUUUGAAACUGGUUCGUUAUUGUACCAGACUCCGCCGUGAUUGUCACUUGAUAGCAACACCCGAGGCGCCAAAGCUGUCCGCAUCGGCGCUUUCUUUAGCCCAAGUGGUAUCAAUGUUGUCUGGCAAUGGUGUGUAAGGAGAACGUAGUAUCAUGGUUUGGGAAUCUGUCCAGUUAUAAACGCAUCGAUGUCAUGUGCACAUUAUUAAAUAUGUGCCUGCCAUUUGAAGUACGAUAUCUUGGCACUUGUGUAGAGGAUAUUGGUAAACGGGAUUACAAUGAUCUUCGUGACACAGAACAUCAUGCAAACAGUGCCUCUGACCUUGCCGAGUUAACAACCUUAGGUGUGGCAGAUAAACGCACACGAAGGAAACUUGCUCUCUAUAUGGCAUUAUUACAUUCUUGUAAUUAUGCAUGUGCUGUCAUCUUAUAUAAGAAUUUAUCAAAUUUUGACUAUCAAGAAAUCUCCAAUCUAUUAAAUGGGACCACCUUUACACCGGAUGAUCAACCUCUAGAAGAGCUACUCUUGUUGUACACAAUGGCUUUAAAUCAUCCAGCAUUUACAUACGAGCAGAAAAGUGUUUUUGGCAACAUUUACAUUAAACUUCAAGAAGAAGAAGCUCGUCUGAAUCUCUCAAAAUCAAAUUCAUCUUAUAAACAAGCACAAGGUUGCACGCCAUGUAUAAAUACAAAUGAAAGAUUAAUGGAUACAGAAAUGCAGGGUAGUUGUAUGAUAGCUCCACCUCCAAUGCAAACUUAUCACGGAGAAAUGACAAUGAGAAAUAAUACCAUGGUAACUGGAGUUCCUCCUGGUCUUUCUAUGCCUCCACCUGGAUUAUGCCUGCCAACUCCAGAACAAAUGCCAAUGGGAUCAGGUGGUGCAACACAAUACCUUCAUCUUGGCUUUCCAUCAGUAAAUCAUAUGCCACCAUGGACAGGUCAGGUUAUGAUGGGGAAUCAACUGAUGUAUCACUCUGGCGACAUGUUGGCUUAUCCACCUUCCCCCUUAGUCAGCCGUCAAUCGUCACCAUCCCAGUCUCGAUCUCCUAGUCGCAGCAAUUCCCCAAUGGGUCGCAGAAAUAAUACAAUGCCGCGCACCUCUUCGCAAGUGACUCAAUCUACUUCAAAUACCUUAACAACGUCAACGAGUGCCUCUAACAGUCAGACAAGCAUCUGUAGCUCAAAUGCCAAUUCCCUUCCUCCACUUCCCACAUUGGGUACGAACAGAAGUCAUCCUAGUCAACCUCCAUUGCUUCCAUCACGCUCUGUUCCCUUGUCUAUCAGCAGUUCUACUACUUUUUCACGGCAUAAUAGCAUCGAGAAUACCCCUUCUACCUUAAUUCCGGCAGCACCUCAAUCAAAACAACCACCACCACCACGGCUGCGGUCUUCAAUUUCUGGUGAUUCUUUACGAGAAACAUUAGGAAAAGAAAUGCCAAAUUUCAAAGGCAAUUUACAGAAUUUUUCUCUUGACGAGAUUCGAAGAAUGAGCGAUGAGGACUUGAGAGAAAUAGGAUUAACACCGAAUGCUGUAGGACAAUUGCGAAGUAUAGUUAAAAGUCAAACCACUAAUGGUUUAAAUCAAAUUUCCACUGACAAAAAAUUAGAGAAUACUACUAGCACAACACAUACAGUAGUAGAUCCAGCUGAAAAUGAGGCUAUACCAGGAAUGGAGAUGUUGAAUGAUAAUGGAAAUCAAAGCAGUAAGUCAAUGCCCUUACAGGAACAGCAUCCAGCGAUGCAUCAUCAUCAUAAUCAUGCAGCUACUCCUAAUUUACGGCGAUAUCCUAUGCCACCAUUAGAUCCUGCGCAAAUACAAAUGUAUCCUGCACCACCACCGAUGUAUGCUGCACAGAAUGCACCAUGCUAUGCCUGUCUUACAUUACCUGUUGCCGGGGUACAAAAUAGAUACUCAAGGUGCAAUGCUCAACACGUAUAUUGUUUAACACAAUUACAAGCCUUGAGGUUAGACCCUGAGGGCAGCAGGCAUUGUUCACAGAGCAGUAGUUCCGAUAGUACUGGUAGUAGAUCUCCACCGGAAACUCCUCCAGCAGCACCGUGGGUGAGCGGAAGUGAGAGCAAUGCACCACCAGUUACUGAUCAUCUUAGCUCUGCACCAGUUCAUUCUACAAGUGCAGUUUCACAUCCAGUAUCCCAACAGCCUAUACAAUCAGGCCCGGAAAGGCAACGUACUAAAAGAAAUCAGGCACAUGUGAUACGUCAUAAAAAUCAAAUGGUGAACGGAGGUGGACCCCCAAAUCUAUCACAAUGUGUUUCCUUUCCCGCGCCACCAUCGCAUUCGCAGGUCACAUAUCUGCCGCAUGGUCAUUUCCCAGCUUUGAGACCGAGUAGUGGUAUUUAUUCUAACUUCUCACAUGGACCGUAUGCAAGGCCAACUUAUCCAACCACGUAUCAACCUAAUGGUGAAAUGAUGUAUCAAUAUCCUGGACAUCCAUCUUCGGGAGGAACACCACCACCUCCGCCAAAUGCAGCUACAACACCUGUUCAGACGCCAUAUAUGCCACCUACUCCAGUUGUAACAUAUGCGCCAGCUGCCGUCCCACCAACGAAAAUUUCGUGUUAUAAUUGUGGCAGUAGUAGUCAUCUUGCAGUUGAUUGUAAAGAUCAAACUAUGGAGGAUCUUACUAAAAAAGCUCAAUACCGUCUAGAUUAUAGUAUAAUGAAACAACCUGGAGAGUGCCCAAGUUCUGACAAGUGAUCCCCUGCCGUGGACCAUUCAGCAAUUUAUCAUUAUCAUCAUUACCGUAAUUACCGUUACCAUCAUUGUCACUAUUAUUAUUACUACGAUCCCGCCACAGCAAUACAACCUAAGUACCGUUCAAAAGAUGACUGCUAUCGCUCCUCAUGCAAGUUUUCGGUGAUUUUUGUAGACAUCCCUAAUAUUCAGGAUGACGAUUUUUUAACAAAGGAAGUUUCGCGAUUCACGGUACCAGGUAUACUUUUUACAAGUUCUUAUUUAUGAUAGUAAUUCUUAAUUAUGAUUGUAAAAAGAUGUAGCGUCAUGUACAAAAGAAAACAGAGAAGCAUAACCCAGAAUGCUCUUAUCUAUGUUUUUAGAAUACAUUUUGAAAGGUUUUUGUUAGGUAUUGACUCGUGUCUUACCCCAACGAUACCUAUGAAUUACAUAUAAACAUACAUACACAUACAUACACACAGCACGCCUCAACCCAAUUUCUCACUAUUUCUCUAGUAACUAGCCAUAAACGAAAUACAAGAAAAAAAAGAACACAUUGUGCUCUGAUUAGAUGAGACUAUCAUGUUUGACUAUAUUUAUCAUUGAUACUUUUACUUCUACUAGUAUGUCUAUACUAUCACUAUUACUACUAUUACUAUUAAACUAUUACUAUUACUUCUAUUAUCGCUACUGAGCCACGACAUUUUUAUGUAUACAUAUUUUCUCAAUUCUUAUGUGCGCAAUGUUUGAACGAGUGCAAAAGUGAAUGAUCAGAGUAAGUAAAAAAUUAGAAAGAGAAAUGCACUAAGAAAGCGAGAGUAAGCAAGAAAGGAAGAAAAGAAGAAAGAAAAAAAAAAAGACAGAAAGAAAGAAAAAAAGAAAGUACGAACGAACCAAUGAAAGAAAGAAAGAAAGAAAGAAAUAAAGAAAGAAAAGAAAAGAAAAGAAAAGAAAAGAAAAAAAAGAAAGAAUGAAUGAAUGAAAGAACAACAAACCAUAAGUGUUCGAUCGUCUAGCUGCCUUUGCGCUCCUGUGUGUAUAAAACUAUAAAUAUACGCCGCUCACCACUCAUUUAUUAACUUAUGAAUAGUUAAUUAAAUAACAAUAUAAUUCUCAUCCUAUUUAUAAAUAGUCAUGCAAUCACGUGCAACUUAAGCAAUUUUAUACGAGUUUUAUUGAUCGCCCAUCUUUUUUAAGUGUAAGCAAUGCGUUAUGUGCGUUUAAAAUCUAGUAAGUAAUAAAGAAAAGAAAAGAAUAAUGACUUGAAUAUGAACUGUUAGUGUUAGUGGUAUGAGUGGAGUGGCAAUAUGCGCUAGAAUCAUCUUGUCAACAAGUUGCUACUGCAUUUAAAUAAAUUUUUAAUUAAAAAAAAAAAAAAGAAAAAACAUUAUUAGUACGUGUCGAUCUAAUUAUAUUAGAAUGCAUAAUUUGGCAACUCUUUGUCUAAUUCUCACACUUACGAUGACUCAUAAUUUUUAAUUUGUAAGCCUCUCAUACUAUGCCCUUGAUCUAUGCAAAAUAGAUCUUAUAUAUCCAAAUUAACAAGAAUUGAA